CUCGGCAUCGCCAACACAAUGUCAUGGAGGCAUUCCCGUUGUCGCAUGCAUGCGCCAUGCAAUGCCAUUAUUAGCGCGAUUACGGUGGUACCAGGUAGACAUUCAUGAGCGCACACACAAAAGAAACUUUGGGGACUUUGUUGGAGCUGUUGUGGUAGCACAGGUCUUGCCCCAUUCCACGCCCUCUCUUGACGAUGAUUUCUUUUUUCGCUUCGGUUUCAUUCCUUCUUCCACAGACGUACAUAUUCUGCUUAUUACUAGUACGCGCGCAAAACCAUCCUAUCGACAGGAAUAUGACCAGAUUGAUCAAAGUGCAACACACUAUCCGUAGGCAUUGUCAGCGGCCAUACCAUGCCACACCACACUGUAUGUCGCCGUGUCUGAGAUUCGAGAAUAGACAGACAACACACGGUAGAUCUCGAUGGGCGGGCGGGGAAAUCGUUUUCGAGCAACUCAAUACUGUGUCUUCUUGUCUGCCAUAUUGAUCGCUGGGCCAAACGAAGCAGGAAAAGCAGGCUGUCCUAAGUUCCACGUUACUUUGGCGUUAGUUAUGAACCGUCAUCCUAUCUCGUUAAUCGGCAUCAAUUUGUUUGAUCCCCGGUUGACAGACAUGCCACGACCACAAUGUAUUCUGGACAGGUCCAUUGGCUAUCAGCGAAUUCGCCCCUUUUUCGGAGUGAAGCUCCAGACCGCUCAGGAGCGUGGCUGAGGCAAGAGGGUCAACAAGGAGGGGUGUGAAGCGCGGUUGACG